AUGAAGCCCUUCACCACCAUCCUCCUCCUCACCCUCGGGGCAGCCACCAGCACCACAGCCAACCCGGCCUCCCGCUGCGCCGCGAAGAACGGCGCAAUCCAAGACGCCAUCGAUCUAUUUUGCACCAAUACACACAUCAUGGUGCCGUCGCAAUGGGCGCACGACGGCCUGCAGUUCGGCAACGCGCACGUCUCCAUUCGCGGGCACUGCAGCCCGGCGCAGUGGGUGCCGCAGCAGUACUGCGUUUCGCAGUUUCAGCACCUUUGCGCGGGCACGUAUGGGGGGUUUGGGUUCGCGCAUUAUGGCGAGGGCGGGUGUCAGGAGUUCCGCAUUGUCGAAGCGUGA